AUGACGGAUAUACGACUAGCGCUCAGUGCAGCUGUGGCGGUGGUGGCUUUGAUCGUGCUGCGUGCGUUGGUUUCGCGAUCGACGUCGGCGCGCAACCUCCCGCCUGGACCGCCGCCGGAGAGCUGGUUUACAGGCAACCGCAUUCCAUCCACGCAUCCCUGGCGGACGCUCGAGAAGUGGACGCGGCAGUUCGGCGACAUCUACACGCUGCGCAUUGGCAGCACGUACCUGUUUGUGCUCGGGCAGGCGUCUUCGGCGCACCAGAUCAUGGACAAGCAGUCGGGCAGCUCGAGCGACCGACCGCGACAGAUCAUGGCAGGCGAACUGAUCUCGGACAACCGUCGUAUGCUCAUCCUCCCCUACGGCGCUCGCUGGCGGCUAUUUCGCAAGGUCAUGCACGAGACACUCCAAGAUAAAGCGGCGAAGCUGUACGAGCCAAUUCAACAGCACGAGGCGACGAUUGCAAUGCUGCAUCUGGGACGAACGCCCGACCGGUUCCAGCAGAUCUUUAAACGAUAUGCCGCAGCGGUGAUUAUGCAGGUGACGUACGACUACCACAUUACCUCGGUGGACGACCCGCUCAUCAAGAAUGUGGAGGAAUGUCUGUCCGAUCUGGCCUACUGGAUCCGACCGGGCACAAGCCUGCUCGACCGCUACCCGCCACUGCUCUUUCUGCCUACGCUGAUCAAUCCGUGGAAGCGAAAGGGGCUCGAACUGCGCGCACGUGAACAGAAGCUCUUCAUGUCGCAGUGGAACGCCGUACGCAGUCGCGUCAAGACCAACCAGUGCCAGCCGUGCUUUGUAAGCAAGGUGCAAGAACGUCAGCACGAACUGGGCAUCACCGACGCCGAGGGCUCCUCCAUGGCAGGAAGCCUGUUCGGUGCUGGAUCGGACACAACCGCGAGUGGCCUGGCGAUCUUUGUGAUGGCCAUGUGCAAAUUCCCCACGGUGCUUCGCAAGCUGCAGGAGGAAAUCGACGGCGUGUGUGGUGGCGACCGAUGCAUGCCUACGUUUGCCGACCUUUCGCCGGAGCAGACGCCGUACCUGCAUGCGGUGGUGCAGGAGACGCUGCGUUGGAGACCCAUCAGUGCAGGUGGAUUCCAGCACAAGCUCACGCAGGAUGUAGAGUACCGUGGCUUCCUCCUUCCCAAGGGCUCCUCGGUCGUCGCACCCCACUGGUCGAUCAGUCUGGAUGAAAACGAGUAUCCAGACCCACACGUGUUUCGUCCCGAACGAUUCCUCCAAGGGGAUGAGGGGGAGGUCAAGGUCAAGGGUACCUGGUUUGCAGCCCAGCGAGGCUCGGUGGCGUUUGGGUUCGGAAGACGCAUUUGUCCAGGACUUCAUAUCGCCAUGCGCUCGCUCAUCAUCAAUCUGGCUGCUAUGGCUUGGUGCUUCGACAUCGCCCAUCCAUCGGGAAACCCAGACAACGUCGAUGACUUGGCCUUCAAUUCGGCUGCAAACUCCCAUCCUCUUCCCUUUGAAGCGAAGUUCACCUUCCGAUCGCCCGCUCGCGAAAAGGUCGUACACGACGAAAACAGGGCCACCGGCGAAUUUGCCCGCCUGGCCAAUCAAGCUUAG